AUGAGAAAUAUGAUCACAGUUUCUCAUAGUAAGGACUCCGAAUAUGGCAACAUACUUCUCUCCAAUGUGAUGGUUACCAGAAAAAGAAACCUAUUCAUGGGUCGUACAUGGAGGACAAUUGAUAUCCAAAUAGGCGUAACGAUUUUAGUUGUACACUUGCUUGCACUUUUCGCGCCAUUUACAUUUACAUGGGGUGCGUUCUGGUCGAGUUUUGCCGUCUAUGUAUUGCGUGGAACUUUUGGUAUAACUCUGUCGUAUCACCGAAACCUGGCACAUCACAGUGUCAAGUUGCCCAAGUGGCUUGAGUACACCUUUGCUUAUCUUGGAGUCCUUGCUUUUCAGAGGGACCCUAUAGCUUGGGUGAGCAUUCAUAGAUAUCACCAUCAGUACGUUGAUUCUGAGAAAGAUCCACACUCCCCAAUAUUCGGAUUUUGGUUUAGUCAUAUGGGUUGGCUCUUUGAUAACGGCUAUAUUCUUGAAAAGUAUCAAGAGCGUAAAAAUGUAGAUGAUUUAAAGAAACAAGCAUUCUACAGAUUCAUCAAAAGGACCUAUACAUUGCAUUUGUUUGCAUUUGCUUACCUCGUUUAUGUUUUUGGUGAAUUUACAUACCUCGUUUGGGUUGUGGGAGUUUCAACCACCUGGGGAUAUCAAUCGACUUUUCUAGUGAACUCAGCUUGUCAUAUAUGGGGAAGCCAACCUUGGAACACUGGCGAUCUUUCCAAGAAUAAUUGGUGGGUAGCAUUACUUACUUUUGGUGAAGGGUGGCAUAAUAAUCAUCAUGCAUUUGAGUAUUCAGCUCGACAUGGGUUAGAAUGGUGGCAGAUUGACGUUUGCUGGUAUACGAUAAGGUUUCUUAAAGCAGUAGGCUUAGCCACGAAUGUCAAAUUACCAACUGAGGAUCACAAACUUAAGAAGUCCAUAGCUUCUCCUAACAAGUUCAAGUGAUCAUAGCGUAAAUAUGUGUGUAUAUGUGUGUGCGCGCAUAAAACUUUUA